AUGAACGCGGAGAGAAGAGCGGCCGCGAAGAAGAACGCGACGGCGACGGCGAGCGCCGACGCCGACGCCGGCGCCGACGCCGACGCCGACGCCGACCUUAUCGUCGACUUCGCGAGCUGGAGACGCGACGUCGCGCGCGCGGACGAGACGAACGCGACGGCGUUCCACGGCGCGUCCUUCGAGGCCUGCCUGACCGUCGCGUGCUCGCGCGAGUCCUUCGAGCGCGCGCUCGAGGCGAUCGCGACGCACGACGGCGUGUACGCCUCGUUCGGAUGCCAUCCGCUGAGCGCGACGCAGUGGGACGAUUCCAUGGCCCUCGCGACGCGCCGACACCUGACGUCCAACGAACGCGCGGUCGCGAUCGGCGAGUGCGGGCUCGACUACCACUACGAGACGGACGCGGGCGCGAGGGAAACGCAGAAGCGCGUCUUCGUCGCGCAGAUAGAGAUGGCGGCGGAGUUGGACGCGCCGAUCAUCGUGCACACGAGAGACGCCGAGGCGCGUUCGCGUUUACGCCGGACGCACCUCCCGAGAGACGCGAGGGUGCACGUGCACUGCUUCACGAGCUCGAAAGCGAUGGCGUUGGCGUUGUUCGAACACUUCCCGAACCUGCGCGUCGGGUUCACCGGCGUCGUCACGUUCAAGAGCGCGAAGGACGUGCGCGACGUCGUCUCGGCGACGCCGCUGGAGCGCAUCCUCUUGGAGACGGACGGACCGUACAUGGCGCCCGUGCCGCACCGCGGCGAGGUCGCGCACCCUGGGCUCGUCCCUCACAUCGCGGAGAAGAUCGCGGAGAUAAAGGGCGUGGGCGUGGACGACGUGUUCAGAGCGGCGAGGGCGGCGACGGAGGCGGUGUACGGGUUUUAG